GGUAAACAGAACCUGUUGUGACCGAUUUAUUUGAAAUACACUGUAGUUAGUAUCUUGAAUAUUUUCCAAACAAUAUUGAUACAGUAUGGAUCCUAUCCAUUCUGUUGGGAAUUUCAGUCUACAGGAUCAAUUACGAAACACUGAUAUCAUACAGCAUACAAUGCCUGUCACAAACAUACGCAAUACUGAUCACCAACUACCUGUUAACAGUUUCCGUAAUCAUGGUAGCAAUGAUAUGCAGCACCCUCUGGGUACAGCAAACAUUUUGAUGGAUGAAAGGGGAGAUAAUAUUCUAUCAAGUUUAUUUAACACUCAUCACGGGAGUGACAUGCCAGUGUCUAGUGAUACUAGUUUUCUGCUUGGCACAGAUAAUAGUUUCACAACUAAUCAGCUUUUGAUGGAACCCGCUACUCAUCAGAAGAUAAGUUAUGAUUCUGUGAAGGAACCUAAUGUCAGCCCUGUUAUAAAGGUAAAUAACUCACCAGUUAAGAAAGCUCUAAACAAAGUUAAGCAGUCACCAUUUAAGAAACGUGGCAAUUUCGAAGAAGGAACAGGGACAGUUACAUUUCCAAAGUCCGACAGUAAAGAUUACUCACAUGUGGACCUGCCAAGACAACUAAUGGGAAAGAUGUUUGGUCUUCUGAAGGAGGGCUUGUUUUGUGAUUCAGUGAUCUUAUCAGGAAAUACAGAAAUAAGGGUACACAGACUUGUGUUGUUAGCAGCAUGUCCAUUCAUCCUGUCUAAGAUGUCAGAUCUUUCCCAGAAUGCAUCACUGAAGAUAGAACUUCCUCAGGGUAUUCCUCUCGAUGUCACUUCACAGUUGGUUCAUUAUUUAUAUGAUGGCAAAGUGACCUUGACAUCUGACAAUGUGGGGCAUUUUGCUAGAGUUGCUAAUCUGUUUAAACUAACUCAUUUACUAGAUAUGUGUAAAGAUUUUGUGAUUAUGUUUGAUAUCAGUCAAACAAUUUUGAUGGACAAAGGAGAAGAUGUUGUAGCUAUUGUAAAAAAUGAACAUUCCUCAAUAGUUAACACAAAUAUGAAUAAAGAGACGAAAACAACUACCAAAAAAGCAGUGCAAAAGUCACCACAAAUUAAGACAAAUCCUACUAAAAAGCAGAAGGAUGAUGCACAGUCAAUAAAAAAGGGGACUGACGAAGAAAACACAAGUUCUGUUACAUCAAUGCCUUUACAUUCAUAUGGAACAAGAAGAGCAUCAAUGAAGGGUACCAGUACACCUAGCAAAAGCCCGUCACAAAAUACAGAAAACAAUAUUUCUAAAACAAGUGUAAGUUUUAGUUCUAAUUCUUUUACUGAAACUAAGUUUAAACAUCCAAUACAUACAAAUGCUGCAUUUAUAAACUCAAACAAAGUUAGCAGCUUGAAGAAAACUGGAACACCCACAACAGGAAGCCAAAUUAAUACAACUUAUAACAAGGAAGAACCACUUAACAGCAGUAUAAGUAGUGACCAUGGGCUCUCAGAUACAGGAAGUAGAAUUACAUCAAGUAGCAACAUGGAAUCCACAGGAAGUUUCAGUUCUGAUCAAGUGUCCAAUGAAAAUAAAAAUAGUGAAGAUGAGGAAGCUGGGAACAUAGAUGAACUGACUGAUGAUUGUGAUGAAGAUGCUGAUUGGAAACCACACUCUAAACUAAAAGGAAAAGCUUUUACUAAAAAAGGGAGAGCAGCAAAGGCUUUCAAAAAGUCUUAUGCUUCGUUUUUGAAAUCAACAAAACCAAAGAGUGCAGCUGUUGUUCCAGAACAGAAAGAAACAUACACACUGAGACCUCCACCAAAGAAAAGAGCUAAAGAAUUUGCCAGGACAGAAUUUGAGGAACUGGAAGACAUUUUGUCUAGACCUGCUGAUAAAGGUAUUGUUCAUACUUUCUCAAUGGAGGCGAAACCUCAGCCACAGGAACCACAAAAGCCAAAGCGAACACACAGAUUGAUGAAGGCAUCAUCAUACAGAGCUAGUCAGUUAUCUGCAGUUGUCGCACAGAUAGAGAAAAAAGCAGAACACUUACCAGAAAAUGAACGUCAUUUUAUUUGUGACAUCUGUGGAAAUCAUUACAUAUUCUCUAAAAGAGCUGUAACCCAUAUUAUAUCUGUUCACGAUACCGACUUGGAAGAUGUCAUCAUGGCCAUGUCAAUAAGGAAAAAAGAAAAAGUUCUGAAAAUGUGUGAUAUUUGUGGUUAUGAAACAAAAGAACCAAACUUUUUCUACAUACAUUUUCAUAGAUAUUUUCGUCACAGUGUUCCCCUACCUAAAGGCAUGCAGCCAUUUAAAUGUGACAUUUGUGGCAAAGAAUGCUUUACACGGUUUCAACUUAAAGAUCAUAAACUGAUUCAUGAAGAAGGUACACCCUUUAUAUGUGAGACCUGUGGUCAAGGGUUUAACAGUAGGACUUGUCUUACAAGUCAUGUCUUUCACAAACAUAGCAAAGUUCGUAAUCACAAAUGUACAGACUAUGGAUGUGAGAAAUCUUUCAAAACACGAACACAGCUUCUUGUGCACAUGCGCUCGCAUACUGGUGAAAAGCCUUUUCAAUGUCCUGACUGCCAGUACAAAAGCACAACACGUGGAAAUAUGCGUCUCCAUUUAACAAAUAAACAUAAGCAUAGUCCGGAAAUUGUAAAGAACAUCAUGCUGAAUCUCAGACCUACACAAGGUGAUGAACUAAUGUUAGACCUAGAAAACGAUAAUAAAAACCAAGCAUUCACUAUGCAAAUAACUACAAAUGACAACCAACCACUUAAUUUUGCCCAAAAUAUUCAAGCCGGUCAGGAAACAGAACAACUGGUUUAUUCACAUGCACCUAGUAGUCAAGGUAACCAUUCAAAUCAGGCAUAUACAACCGUUACCAGUUUGAUUGCUUCAUCACAGGAUUCACAGAUUCUGUAUGAUCCCAAUGACCCAAACAAUCGACCAGUCACAAUUCAGCACUACACAACAGAACCAAUGGAUUCAAGUAAUCGUCCCGUUACAAUUCAGCACUUGUCAGCUCAACAGUCUCUCAUUCUGAAUAAUAUUGCUCCUGACCAUCUUGAUCUGUUACCCACUGACCAGAAUUUGCAUACAGUUCAAAAUAAUCAAGUUCUUGUGCAUUCUGAUAAUUUACAGCAUCAUAUUAUGACUCAUGACCAUCAAAACACAGAUCAAAGUGAAAGUAGAUUAUCAGCAGCAGAUAUAAAUAGAAUCACAGUACAGGAAGCUAGACUGUUGCUGCAUCAACAAGAUCACAUAACCAGUCCUCAAAGGCAAACUGACCUCCAUCAUCAAAGAAUCCAAAUGCAAGAUAAUGGUGGAAAAAAUCUUCCUUUGGUGGAAGUACAGGAAUUGCAACCUGUUUAUUUGCAAGACCAACAAAGCUCUAUGCUUCAACAAUAUGACACCGAACCUUACCCUGCAGAUGAGGAACAAGACUUAUUGAGGAAUGAUGGGUCACUGUUGCAAAAAAAUCAUGUUUCAAAUCAGGGACAAAUUAUGUUUUCAUCAGAUGGGAACCAGUCACAUCUUUCUAAAAUACAGAUCACUAUACAGGACCGAGGCCAGUUAGAACCAAGUGUUCAUGGAUUGAUACUAUCACCUAACAACAACGCAGCUCAAAGCAGUCAAGAUAACCGGCACCAGGUGGAAUUACUUCAAACAUCUCCAACAAAAGGAGCUACAAAAAUGUAUUUAGUUGAUGUAAAUAAUAUUUCAAGUUUAGAUGUGGAAUCUGUCAGUGCUUCCAUGGAACAAGUUCAGGAUGCAAACACAGCGCCCUCUAUUGAUAGUUCUUCAGCUUUAUCUCAGUCAUAUACUGAUCCUCAAUUAUUGUAUCAAUUAUACCAACAGUACAACCAAAAUUAUCAAUAGCUUUUUUUUAAAUACAGGUUUCUUUUCUAUUUAAAAUACAAUCUAUUAUAAAUUUAUUCAGUAAUUACCAUGUAGAAUGAGCUAUAAGGUCUUUCACUGUUGAGAAUGUUUUUUUAUUGCAUAGUACAUUUUGUACUUUGACUUUGAAAAUAGUACAAGUAAAUUCAAAGGAACUAAUACUCAUGUUGGUGUGGUCUUAUAUUUUUUUUAAAAGUUAACACUAAUUUAUAUUAUUCUUACUUUGUAGACUGAUAUCUGGCAAUUUUUAAGCAUUUACAUUAGAUUAUAAUUAUGUUUUCAUUGAAAAUUGAAUCAUUUCAUAUUAAUUUUGUCAUGGUAACUUAUCAACUAAAAAUGAUCAAUUGAUGUAAAUAAAUAAAUUUGUAAAGAAAA